GCCACAGGAGACUCGUGGGAUAAAUACAAGUAAGCAUCCGUAAUUAUUUUUAAAUCUGAUUUUCCUGGGGUGCACCAGUAACAAAGCAGCAACCUCUCUGAAAAGGGGUUACUCAACUUACCUAGAAAUAUUGAAAAUUACUCGACUCCAAAGCCUUGUUCGCGUUGUUGGUUCUUUUUUAUUGACUGAUUUCUUCCUCAAUCCACUGUGGAACAUCAUUGAGGCAAACCUGUGAGAGUUAUGUUACAAAUGGCUGCUGUUAAAUGUUAAAAGGAAGGCGAUCGCACUAAUGUACAACCGCCAUGCCACUACAAGCAGCUGGCAAGCUUUAGCUAUGAUUAUCCAAGAUAUCAGCAUUGAUUCCAAGUUUUAAAAAAAAGACCAGUCAAAGGGUCAGAGGAAAGCGUUUCUAAAGCUAAAUAUGAAUUCGACUUAUUAUUUUUUGUUAUUAUUAAUUACUGUCAUUGUUAUGGAACUGAGAAAUCGAGUUUAAUAAUCGAUAAUAUUCUAAUUUUAUUACGAUGGCAUAAAUUUCUAUGAAUUUGGUUUCGGUAGCCACUGUAGUUCAACUUGCCCAGUUUCAUUCCUAGACUUCCUUUUCCUCUAGUUUUCGAAGAUGAGGUUUUGAUAAAGCUUUGUAGGCUAGCUGUGACCAUAUCACUUGCGAACUUCCUGACAAGCUGUGCCUGAACCAAUUUUAGUAAAAGGCCGUGUUUACGUCUAUCUCCGUUUAAGAACCUAUUAAUAUGGCUUGGAUUGCAGGCUAGUAGUCAUUUCUGUGAGCAGGUCCCGGGGGGACUUCUAAAAGAAGACUGCUCCGCGCCAAGAUCCAAUUCCUUUACCCUUUAUAUACCAUUUUUGAAAGAAAAGGUACCUCAUUCGUAGUUCCAUUAAAAAAAUGGUAUUCUUUCAAUGACCAAACCAGGAAAUCUUCUUGUGAUUUUCGCAUAACGUUUGUGUUAAACGAAUAUAGCCAUUAGGUGCAUCUUUUCGAAACAGUUUCACUAAAGGGCCUUUCAAAUACUGAUAGAAUUCCCUACCCUUUUAUAUACCUAAAGCCUAAAAAAGGUACUUUUGGGCGGAGCCUUCCCCCCCCAGGCCCUCAGGGAGCAAGCCCCUCGACAUGCUUUGAUUCUAGAAAGAUGUCAGAGCUCUAGAUUACAGGUGUUGUUCUACUCUCCCGGAUGCACUUAUCUUUGGCACGCACAUCAAAAAACUUCGCAACUUUCUAUGCAAUUUAGUGAAAUCUUGCUUGAGAGUAGAAGAAACUCUUUUCAACAAAAACCAGGAAUCGUAACUGAGGAGCAGAAUAAUGCCUUGCUAUUAACGUGGAACAGAGUAUUGAUGUGUCUGCGCACUCCUAACUGGGUUGCAUGACUAUUAACACCGUUCUAGUACCUUAAAUUGAGUCAACCAAAGCUAAUGCACUUACUUUUUUUGCCUUUACAGCUCAAUUUUGAUCACAGCUGCACUUCAAAAUGCGAUAUAGAGAAAAAGGACUGAUUUUAUCGAUGUUUGCGCUCCUAGCGUUGGUAGACUCUCAAGGAAAUAAGCCUGCGUCGGGAUGGAGCCCUUCAAUAGGAAAAGGCAAAGAAUUUCCUUUAACACGUCAUGACCUUGGCCAGCCCUGGUGUAGAAUGAAGCAAUUUGAACAAACUAUUCGCCGGCGCGGAUGCGAAGAAAAAACAAUUUUAAACAAUUUAUGCUAUGGACAGUGUCGUUCGUUUUACAUUCCGUAUGGGAGAAAAACUUUUGAAUCUUGCUCCACUUGCACUCCCGUUUCUUCUAAGAUCAACACUGUAGUGUUAAACUGCCCCCAAAGAAACCCACCAAGUCGAGUCGUUAAAAAAGUUAAGAUUAUAACAUACUGUAGUUGCCGAGUAUGUGGUAAGACGUAUUCAUGAACUGCAUGCAGCGGACUGCAACGAGAGCUAGGAACUGGGCAAAUUAUUGAUGUCUCAUUAGAACAGCGCUGUAUUAUAUCUGUACUAUAUGUCCUCAACAAAACACAUUUGUACAUCACCA